UCAUCCCGCCUUCAAAUGACGAAUAUCGGACUUAUUAGAUAUCGAUGAUGACAAAACAAUAUCCAUUGAGUUCUCUUCACCGCAACGCAUCAUGGACGAUAUCGCUUAUCUAGGCCGAAACUUCCAAGUCUUUAUAAGAUGUCGCUUCCCAUCAAUUGCCAAUUAUUCGCUCAUUCCUGCGCUAAACUCAAGUCCUCUAACCCCAGAUUACUACACUUAAAACUAAAUAGGACCCACUUCCACUCAUUGACUACCAGGGUCUCCCCGUCUAAGCAGCAAGCCCAUUACUUUUCCCACUUCUCAAGAAAAAGUUGUAGGCCGGCCUGACACCUUGAUACAAACCUUUUUGUUGCCGUCAAUCCGCUAGAACAAAGGCUAGCUACUAUACUGAAUAGACGUAGUCCACGCAACCAUGACCGUCCCUAUCGAGAGCUCGAUCGAGACCCCUCCUCGGGCGCCGUCCCCUGUGCACGGCUUCGGAACCCUUGCCGUGCACGCCGGUGCCCCUCACGAUCCCUCCACCGGCGCCGUCAUCGAGCCCAUCUCGCUAUCGACCACCUUCGCGCAGACCGCCGCCGGGAAGCCCGUCGGCGCGUACGAAUACUCGCGCAGCUCCAACCCCAACCGGGAUAACUUCGAGCGGGCCGUGGCCGCGCUAGAGAACGCCAAAUACGCGCUUGCGUUCGGCAGCGGGAGCGCCGCCACCGCCACCAUCCUCCAGAGCCUGGCCCAGGGCUCCCACGUCAUCAGCGUGAGCGACGUGUACGGCGGCACGCACCGGUACUUCACCCGCGUGGCCAAGGCCCACGGCGUCCACGUCACCUUCACCCCGCAGAUCGAGGUCGACAUCGCCGAGCACAUCCGAGAUAACACGAAACUGAUAUGGAUCGAGUCGCCUAGCAACCCCACGCUGCGGCUCGUCGAUAUUAGAGCUGUUGCUGCGGCGGCUCACGCAAGGGGUGUCCAAGUUGUGGUCGACAACACCUUUUUGAGCCCUUAUAUCCAGAACCCCUUGGACCACGGCGCCGAUAUCGUGGUUCACAGUGUCACCAAGUACAUCAAUGGACACAGCGAUGUGGUUAUGGGAGUGGCGGCGUUCAACUCGGAGGAGCUGCGUGAGCGCUUGUCCUUCCUUCAGAACGCGUGCGGUGCUGUCCCCUCGGCUUUCGACUCCUGGCUUGCCCACCGAGGUGUCAAGACGUUACAUCUGCGAGCGAGACAGGCUAGUUCCAACGCAACGGCUGUUGCGGAAGCCCUAGAGGCUAGCCCGCAUGUGAUUGCCGUCAAUUAUCCCGGCUUAGAGUCUCACCCGCACCGACACAUUGCUCUGAAGCAGCAUCGAGAUGGUAUGGGAGGCGGCAUGCUUUCAUUCCGCCUCAAGGGAGGUCACGCCGCAGCCGAGCGCUUCUGCCAGCUGACAAAGAUUUUCACGCUGGCUGAGAGUCUCGGCGGCAUCGAGAGCUUGGUCGAAGUACCGAGCGUGAUGACCCAUGCUGGUAUUCCUCGAGACCAGCGAGAAGCCGUGGGGGUCUUCGACGAUCUCGUUCGUGUCAGCUGCGGUAUCGAAGAGCCGGAGGACUUGGUCCAUGACGUGCAACAGGCGUUAGAGAAGGCGGUGCAAGAUACGGCUCAUUCGAGCAACGGUGUUAACGGUGUCAAUGGACACAGUUCAAAAUAGAUACGAAAAUACAUAACAAAAGGCCUGAGCAAUCAGAUAUAGACAUGUCAUUCGGAAGAGGUUGAUUUUGAUUUUGGUGUUGCUUAAGGCGUCUGGGUAGACAUGAGGUACGACCAUCCCGGACCCAUAGAAGGACCGCGGAAAUCACAUUUAAUUAAUCGGUAGCAUGCGGUGUGGUACGGAUUUAUAUUGGUAAAAUAUUAGACAACCACUCAAUGAAAAAUUGCAUUUAUCUUAGGGUACACAGCAAACAAUCACAGUUUGCGUCUUGGUGUGAGGUAUGACUUGAUCCUAUUCUUCACUUUUGUGCUUAUUGGUUCGGCAUAGCUAACCGAUCAUGGUAGAUUAUAGAACUCAGAAGUUCAGUGUGAACGGCUAUGGAUUGAAACUAAAUG